AUGGCGGACCGCGCCCUGCCCCGCACCGCCGCCCUCGCCUGUGUUCUUCGCUUCAACUUUCUCGGCAAGCAGAAGAGAAGAGAAGAAAGGGAGAGAGGCGCCGAGGACGGAGUACGACCGCGGGUGAACACCUUCUCGCCGGAGGGGCGGCUGUUCCAGGUCGAGUACGCCAUCGAGGCCAUCAAGUUGGGAUCCACUGCGAUCGGGUUGAAGACAAAGGAUGGCGUUGUCCUUGCCGUUGAGAAACGUGUGACCUCUCCGCUGCUGGAACCUAGCAGUGUGGAGAAAAUCAUGGAAAUUGAUGAGCACAUAGGCUGUGCCAUGAGUGGACUUAUUGCUGAUGCUAGAACACUAGUUGAGCACGCCUUUCGUGUUGAGACCCAGAAUCAUAGGUUCUCAUAUGGGGAGCCAAUGACCAGAGAAUCUUCUACACAAGCUAUCUGUGACCUGGCUCUGCGCUUUGGCGAAGGUGAUGAAGAGUCAAUGUCACGGCCAUUUGGAGUCUCCCUCCUAAUUGCUGGACAUGAUGAGAAUGGACCUAGCUUAUACUACACGGACCCAUCUGGAACCUUCUGGCAAUGCAAUGCAAAGGCAAUUGGAUCAGGUUCUGAAGGAGCUGACAGCUCCUUGCAGGAGCAGUACAACAAGGAACUGACCCUCCAGGAGGCGGAGACCAUAGCCCUUUCUAUCCUGAAGCAGGUUAUGGAAGAGAAGGUGACCCCAAACAAUGUCGAUAUCGCCAAGGUUGCCCCCAAGUACCACCUCUACACCCCUGCCGAGGUCGAAGCUGUCAUCGCGAGGCUGUAA